AUGACCAACUGCCGCGGCCUCCCCAACGUUUUUAAUAUUUCGAAGAGCAUUCCCACGGUGGUCAGCGGGAGCCACUUCUCCUGUCCUGGCUUCCUCCCCGCAGGGUCCGGCUGCCCCUUACCCUGUCCCCCCCGCCCCCAGCGAUGUAGCCGUCGGAAGGGCCGCACCGGAGCGGGCCCCUACGUCGCAGCCAUGGAGCCAGCCGACGCGGUCCUCGUCCUCCACUACAACUACACCGGCAAGCUGCGUGGUUCCCGCUACCUGCCCGGCGAAGGGGUGCGCGUCGACGCGGCGGCCUUCCUGGCCAUGUGCGCGUUGAUCGUCCUCGCCAACCUGGCCGUGCUGCUCGCCCUCUGGCGUGGCCACCCCCGGCUCCGCGCGCCGGCCUACCUGCUCCUGGGCAGCCUGACCCUGUCGGACCUGCUGGCGGGCGCCGCCUACGCCGCCAACCUCCUGCUGUCCGGGGCGCGUACCCUGCGCCUCUCCCCCGCGCUCUGGUUCGCGCGCGAGGGCGGCGUGGCCGUGGCGCUCACGGCGUCGGUGCUCAGCUUGCUGGCCAUAGCGCUGGAGCGCCACGCGACCAUGGCCCGCAGGACCCCCGCGGACGCCCGGCUGGUGGGCGGCUGCCGGGGAGGUCGGGCUCGAGCGCUGCGCUUCGCGGCGGCCACGUGGGCGGCCUCGCUGGGUCUGGGCGCCUUGCCGGCCCUCGGGUGGAACUGCGUGGGCCGCCUGGCCUCCUGCUCCACGGUGCUGCCGCUCUUCACCAGGGACUACGUCCUCUUCUGUGUGCUGGUCUUCUUGGCCGCCCUGGCCGCCGUCCUGGCCCUCUACCUGCGCAUCUACCGCCUCGUGCACGCCCACGCGCCCGCGCGCCCGCCCGCGCGCCGCCUGCACCCCCGCUCCCUGGCACUGUUGCGCACGGUGGCCGUGGUGCUCAUCGCCUUCACCGCCUGCUGGCUGCCGCUCUUCUUCCUGCUGCUGGUGGACGUGGCCUGCCCCACGCAGGCCUGCCCAGUGCUCUACCAAGCCGACUACUUUCUGGGCCUGGCCAUGGUCAACUCGCUGCUGAACCCGGUCAUCUACACGCUCACCAGCCGGGACAUGCGCCGCGCCCUGCUGCGGCUCUUGGACCCUUGCUGCGGCCUACGGCCGCGCUCCUCGUCCGGGAGGGAGGAGGACCGGGCGGGUGGGGCGAGCGAUGUGGGCGGAGGAGCGGGCUGUUGCCGGCGGCCCCGCACCCUGGGUGGCAAUGCCAGAAGGUCGCCCCAGCUCGACGGACUGGACUCCAGCGGGUCCACCGGCAACCUCACGCCUGUCCCGGCGCCGGGGAUUCAGGGUGUCUACUGACCCGGCCUUCGGGACCCUCCCACACGCUCCUCUCUCUCUCACACUCACACACAUGCACAUAC